AUGCUGCGCCGCGCAUACCGCCUGCUGGGCUCCACCAAUCGCUAUACGGACGGGUCCGGGCGGGCGCUGGAACCAAACUCGACUCCUCGCGACCUCUAUGUCCAGACGAUCAGCAACCGCGCCUACCCUGUGCAAGGCGAGUACUGGCAGCCGGUGACGGCCGGCAAGCCGUCUCCGCACAAGGGCAAUGUCAUCAUAUCCGGCGCUGGCGUCGUCGGCCUCACUAUGUCGGCCCAGUUCGCUCUGCGUGGAUGGCACACAACAGUGAUCGAGCGCAGCCCACCCCUGCAGCAAGUAAAGGAUGAGCCGAUGCAGACUGCGGCGGCAGCGAGCGACGCGGCCACUGGUGCGGUGGACCCCACCGUUAGUCCAUCUCCGCCAUCCCCGCCCCUCUCCCUCCAGCCCUAUCGUGGACCGCUCCGGCGCCCUCACUUCGGCGCAGCAUCUGAGCAGUGCAGUACCAUCAGCACCGGCAGCCGUGAUGACGAUGGCAUGGCUGCUGUUGCUUCCUCCUCCGCCUCGGCAGAGUCGCCCUCGCCAUCGCGGUACAGUCCAUUCAUCGAGCUGCAGUACGCACUCGUAACGCGCCGCGCCUUGGACGCACUAGAGGCGGCGGGGGUGCGACUCAGCGCCAUCCGCCAUUUGGGCGUCAAGGUGCGCGGCGUGAUGGACCACCCCGGGGCCUACAACAGCUGGAUCACUGCCGGCCUCACCGAGCACCACCCGUUCGCGGUCAACAUGCUCUCGAUGGAUUUGUUCCAGCUGCGCCGUCUACUGGAGGAGCACGUUGCACACAGUCUGCCGUCAGCGAACCUGCAGGUCUUUUACGAACACGUCAUCGAGGCAGUCUACCCUCUGCGUCAGCAACUUGUGGUGUGUCCGUGGGAGAGCAGCGCUUUGGCGAGGCAGUUGGCGGAGUCCUCCGUCGGCCCCUCGAUCUCACCCCCUACCGAGGAGGGUCGCACCGCGCAGCUUAUCGCUGAGGCCCGCCAACCUCGGCGCAAGCCACACACCAGCCUCACUCUCAGUCCCCGGAAGUGGGAGAAGAAGUACGCAGACGACGCUGUAGACUACGACCUGCUUGUGUCGGUCGAAGGCGUGAACUCACAUCUACGAGACCUCGUGGAUGUGGAGGGAUUCGUGGCGGAUGUGGACAUGGGUGUGCGCUGGUGUCUCCUCCGUACCCCCCAGCUCAGCCACGAGCACGUACACCGCUGGUUGCACCGUCGCCGCACGACGGCCAUCACAUCAGCGCAAUCCUACCACGUCCAGACGGCGCAUCAGGUGCCACUCACCCUCGCCUUCCCGCGUGUCGAGGGUAGCAACCUCUUCUCGGUUAUGGUGUACGCCCCGCAGGGUGAGUUGGCGGGCCUCGACGACGUCGAGAUGCUCCGGCACUACCUGCCGGACCUCGCCUCCUCUUCCUCCUCGUCUGCAGAGGCUGCUGAGUUGCGCUCCUUCGUCACCGACGCACAGGCUUACCCCACUGUCUACUGCGAGCAGCUGUACAACACAGUGGGGCUUCCUUCCGCCGUCCUGGUGGGCGAUGCGGCGCACACGUGUAAUCCCUUCUGGAUGCAGAGCCUCGCCCUCGGCCUCGAGGAUGGGGCGAACCUGCUGAAUCAGGUGGACGCCUACGGCCGACACUUCUACGACGCCGUGAAGCAGUACAGCAGCGAGCGUGGCAGCAGCGGCGACGCCCUGCGUGAGCUGACGGACAAGUGCCUCUACUACGAGCGCCGGAAGCACGUGAGCCCGUUCAUUCGCUUCCAGAAUUCGUACCAGCACUUCAUGAAUGUCUGUAUGCCGCGUGGCUGGAACACGCUCUACGAAGGCUCCGUCAACCACGUCUAUUCUCGGAGCAUCGAGGAUAUGCUGAACAGCCGCGGCUACACCUCGUACGACUACGCCGAAAAGCAGCAGGCGAAGCACCGCCUCUUUUACCAUCUUGGACGGUUGUACACGUGA